AUGUUGGAUUUCAUGGAGAAUGUGCAAAAUGCAUUCUACGAUGCUUCGCACUGGAACCUGGACAAUUCUUAUGGCGCGUUGAACACUACAGCACGAGCACUGCUCGACUUUCAGAUACCGCAAGGCCUGCGCCUACAGAUCUCGUCUCUUGCCGCGCCGAACUUCGCCACAUCUUACACACUGGGAAGUGUAGGCGUGGUAGAUGGCUCCGUGUCAUACCUGUACUCUUCACUGCCGCUGAGGAAGGAGUUCAAGAGCUCCCACAUCGACUUGAAGAAUGUCAUACGGGGCUACAAGCAUGUUCAGGAGCUAAGGCGGCCUGAUGAGAAUUUGUGGUGGGAGCUCUGGCAUGCUGGAAAGCGGGUUGAUCGCAAAAACACACUGCUGUACGGGCGGGUGUUCCUCCCUCAAUCGAGACUCGAGGCCCUGUACUUGCGCCGCCUGACACCCACGCGACAGCUCCGGAUCGCCGCUGUCAGUGACUCAAACUUGAACAACGGGGGGACCAUCCUUGCCUUGCUGCAGAACGAUUUGGGCAAAUACAGCACCGAGUACAUGUACAGCACGGACUCCGCGCUGAUGGGCGUGCGAGGUCUCUAUAACUUCGGCCCAGAUCCAAGGAUGGCGCCGACUGAAUCGACAUCUGUCGAUCAGGUGGAACCGGUGCAUGGCCGCUUCAGCGCAGGCGCGGAGCUGUACUAUGGCUUGUUGAAUAAGAGUGGAGGUAUCAGCACAGGCUUACGGUUCACGACACUGCCAAACCAUCCGGGAUUCCCGUACACCAUGACGCUAACGCUAAACCCAUUGAUGGGCAACCUCUCUUCCACCUAUGCCGUGAAGGCUGGGUCUAGUCUGGCUCUCUGUUCCCGAUUUGACUUCAACUUCUACUCAUAUGAAAGCGAGCUGCAGCUUGGGUGCGAGUUGUGGCGGCGACGCAACACCGCGGAUGUUGACUGGGCGGUAAAGAAGCUGCGCCGAGACUGGAAGCAGCAGACCAUCUCUCCCGACGACGACGUCUCUGGUGUGUUGAAAGCUAGGGUCAACCAAGACUGGCACGUCGGAGUGCUUUGGGAAGGCAGGAUCAAAGAGCUGCUCUUCACAUUGGGUGCCAGUCUGGACCUCAAAAAGAGGGAACAGAUCUUCCGAUCGGUUGGCCUCGAGCUGCAGUACUCUUCAUGA